AUGGCGCGUCUCGGCCGCGUUGGGUUCCUGACCCUCGCGGUGGUGUUCCAUCUCAUAUAUGCUUAUUCGAUAUUUGACAUAUACUUUGUCAGUCCGAUCGUUAGUGGAAUGAGAUCAUAUCGUGUCGAGCGAGAACCUAAAACCGAUGCGCCCGCCAACCGCCUUGUCUUGUUUGUUGCCGAUGGCUUGCGUGCCGAUAAGGCCUUCGAACCAGCUCCAGAUCCGUCUCCGGAAGAUGGUUCAGACGCUCAGAAUACCGAUCCAAUCUAUCUUGCUCCCUUUAUACGAUCCCGCGCUCUCUCCCACGGUACCUUUGGCGUCUCUCAUACACGAGUCCCUACCGAAUCUCGACCCGGCCAUGUUGCCCUCAUUGCGGGCUUGUACGAAGAUGUCUCCGCGGUGACAACAGGUUGGAAAUUGAACCCGGUCAACUUCGACAGUGUCUUCAAUCGGAGUCGGCAUACUUGGAGCUGGGGCAGUCCUGAUAUUCUUGCAAUGUUCAAGGAGGGCGCGGUUCCUGGCCGGGUCGAUGCGGAUAUGUAUAGCGAAGAGGCGGAGGACUUUACGGCGGAUGCGACGAAAUUGGAUACUUGGGUCUUCAACAAGGUGAAGGAGCUUUUUGCGUCAGCAAAGAGUGAUCCUGAGUUGGAUGCGAAGCUGCGUCAGGAUAAAAACGUCUUCUUCCUACAUCUUCUCGGCCUCGAUACCAGCGGACACUUCUACCGUCCGUACUCCAAGGAGUACCUGCACAAUAUCAAAAUUGUGGAUCAGGGAGUGCAGGAGAUAACAAACCUGAUUGAAGACUUCUACGGCGAUGGCAAGACGGCAUUCAUUUUCACAGCGGACCAUGGCAUGAGUGAUUGGGGAAGCCAUGGGGACGGUCAUCCCGACAACACCAGGACUCCACUUGUCGCCUGGGGAUCUGGAGUGGCUGGGCCGCACUUAUCGGAGGGCAAUGUGCGCACAGGUCAUGAGGAUGGCUAUUCUUCCGAUUGGGGUCUGAAUGGCAUUCAGCGACAUGAUGUCGCGCAGGCCGAUGUCGCUGCUCUAAUGUCCUAUCUCGCUGGCUUGGAUUUUCCCGUGAACUCUGUGGGCCAGUUGCCUCUGGACUAUAUUGAUGCUAGCCCUAAGGAAAAGGCACUUGCUGCCCUGGCAAACACACAAGAAGUCUUGGAGAUGUACCGUGUCAAGGAGGACCAGAAGAGGGCCACGUUGCUACGGUACAAGCCGUUUGAGCCGCUAGCGGAUUAUGGAGAAGACUCGGUGGAGGAGCAUAUCGCCGAAAUCAAUACCCUUAUUGCAAAUGGGUCCUAUGAGGGGUCGAUUCAGAGAUCUUCCGCGCUCCUCGCCACGGCCCUGGAGGGCCUGCGCUAUCUCCAGACAUAUGACUGGCUUUUCCUACGCACGAUCAUCACUUUCGGCUACCUAGGGUGGAUUGCAUAUGCACUGACCACGGUUAUUGAUCUGCAUGUCUUGCAUGGUACCUCGGACUCCAAUCGGAGCUUGUCAAGUACUAUAUUCUUCACUUCUAUUCUCACGGUGCUAUUCUCUGUUCUCUUCUAUCAGAAGUCUUCGUGGAGAUACUAUUUCUAUGCAUUCUUCCCCAUAUUUUUCUGGGAAGAGGUUUUUGCACGGAGAAGGGCUUUGGUCGCUGGGCGCGAAAUUCUUCUGAGUCACGUCCGUUCCUUUGGCGGCUACCUCACGUUGAGUCUCCAAGUGAUAGCCUUCGUUGGUGUGCUAGAGGCUCUUGUUCAAUCUUACUUUCAUCGGGAGAUCCUUACGCUAUGUUUCGUCUUGGGGUCAUUUUGGCCUGUUCUCCAAGGUGUCGACUUUGUGAAACAGAACACGCUGUUAUCCGCUACCUGGGCGGUGGGAUGCUCCUUGAUGAGUACCUUUACUCUGCUUCCAGUGAUCAAAGUCGAGAAUGUCGACACUAUAACUUAUGCCGCUGUGCUGAUGUUCUUGACCGGAUUGUUCUAUCUCCUUUUUGAGGACAGUAUCUUGAAGCGUAGCAAGGCAUUGGAACAUUCGCCCAGUCGUACGUCGACUUGGGGCUCCCGAAUCAUUAUGGGUGCGCAGGUUGGUAUGGUACUACUUGCCUUAAUUGUCACAAGAUCCAGUGUGGCGUCUCUGCAGGCCAAAGAAGGCCUUCCGUUUGGCAACCAGGUAGUCGGCUGGUUUGUUCUGGUUGCUUCGCUUCUGCUACCGUUUCUCCAUCGAUUAUAUCCCAAUAAGCACUACCUGCACCGCCUCCUGGUCCUGUUUCUCACAUUUUCGCCGAUCUUCAUCAUCCUCACCAUCUCCUAUGAGGGGCUUUUCUAUUUCGUUUUCUGUAUGACUCUGGUCACCUGGGUUCGACUGGAGCAUGCCAUUUACGUGUACAAUGUGACGCCCGGGGAUCAUGGGGUGGGUAGGGGGUCUGUCCCGAAGAAGCCAGGCCUGAAGGCGACGGCGGUGGUUGAUGGGCAGGAAUACCGCUACCGCACGCUAGGGCUGGCAGACACCCGCGUGGCGUUAUUUUUCUUCUUCCUCCUCCAAUCAGCCUUUUUCAGCACGGGCAACAUCGCGUCGGUCUCAUCAUUUUCGCUCGAGAGCGUGGUUCGCCUCAUCCCGGUAUUCAGUCCGUUCAGCCAGGGCGCCCUGCUGAUCCUGAAACUGCUCAUCCCCUUUGCCAUCAUCAGCGCUAAUCUGGGGAUUCUCAACCGCCGACUGGAAGUGGCGCCCAGCGCCUUGUUCAUGGUGGUCAUGUCCAUCUCGGACGUCAUGACGCUCAAUUUUUUCUACAUGGUGCGGGACGAGGGGUCGUGGCUGGACAUUGGCACCACCAUCAGCCACUUCCUGAUCGCCAGCUUCCUGUGCACGUUUGUCGCAGGCCUAGAGUUCCUAAGCGAGGUCUUCAUCAGCGGGGUGGAUUUCGGACCGUCCGCCAAGGCGAUGGGGGCGGCCAUCACCAGGGCUGUGGAAGGGGUGGAAGGGGAAGUCCCUGGGUCUGGAUCUGAGCACGAGCUCGAGGGUCUCGAAGGCAGCGGCAAUGGUAGCUCGUUAUGA